GAAAGCGUGACAUAUUGCGUUAUCAAGAAUCGAACAUUGUGGAGACAUGACAUUCAACUGACCGUCGGCUUUCGCUAUCUGCUGUCCUUACUUAUGUGGAGGCACAUUUGAGUCUUGCAUUCGAUUCAUCCUAACUUGACCUUGAUACCAAUGUCCACACAAGCGCCUUCACUCCCCCCUCCAUCUGAUGAGCAGGCGUACAUGCAUGUAUCUGCCCUUGAAGCUGGACACCUGAGUGUCCCUUGGGAUCUACUUGUGGUUGGUGAUCAACCGGACGAUCCGAUGGUCCCCUCACUAGCAUUCUUCCUGCAUCACUCGAAGACUAAAAAGAAAGUCGUUUUUGACCUAGGAAUUCGCAGAGACAUAAAUGACUUUGUGCCUGCUGCAAUGGCAGAAAGUUGUCUGCCUGAUGUGAAGCAGAGUGUGGCAGAGUCUCUGGCGGCUGGUGGGGUUCCCCCUUCCUCCGUCGACGUGGUAGUCCUGAGUCACCUCCAUUGGGAUCACGUUGGAGAUCCCUCCUUAUUUACGACUGCCGAGUUUGUCCUCGGAGAAGGAUCAAAGAAAGCCUUAGGUCUGGAGACUGGUUCCUUGCGCAAUCCUACAUUUUAUAUUUCAUCCAUUCGUAUACCGGAAGAUCGUCUACGCUUCGUCACGGCUUCUGACCUAAACGUGGCAAUCGGACCCUACCCGCGCGCAAUGGAUAUUUUCGGUGACGGUAGCAUGUAUAUUGUUGAUGCAUCAGGGCACGCUGACGGGCAUAUCAACAUCCUUGCGCGCACAUCCCCAGAUGGUGCUUGGAUCCUGCUAGGCGGAGAUUCGGCUCAUCACCCUGAUAUGAUCACCGGGAAGAUGCAAGUUGCAUACAGUAUUGAUGCAAAUACGGGCGCGGUGGUAUGUGUCCAUGAGGACAAGGAAGUCGCGGAGGAGAACAUUCGCAGGAUGAGGUCUUUAUCAGAGAUUCCGAGGGUGCAGGUUCUGAUCGCACAUGAUCCGGUCUGGUAUCAAGAAAAUAAGGAUAAAGAGGUCUUCUUACCGCACAGAAUACCGCCGCUUGUCUAUUGAUGAAUGCAGUAGUUACAUGGUUCGAAAUACAUUAAUUACGACGUAGGACAAGUGGUCGCAGACAUCCUCCAUUAUGCGCGACGUAGAUCGCCAUCUGGAGGAGCGACUCGAACAGGAGUGCAAUGUGUUCAAGAGCUAGCAAUUUAUGACAGCUCGCCACCGUAUACU